CACAGAUGUGUUGAUACAAUCCGAAUCGUCUCACGGUCUCCGGGCUUUGAUUUCUUGGUUCCUAGUAAUACAUAGUUUCUUUUAUAUAUAUUUACAGAUUUGGAAUUGGAAUUUUGUCAGUUUUGCACGAGCAUGUGGCGCGUUUGGAUCGUUAAUAGAAAACAGUCGCAAAUCUAGCGAGUGUUGAAAGUGAAUUUUAGAACAAUCAACAAUUAAUUGCUUUUAUUAUUAUUAUUAUUCCGAUAUUGUGCUUAACAAAGAACAAAACAAAUGUCGCAAUCAAGUAGUAAGGUUGGUUUCAUUGGCCUCACAUUGCUAUGCCUGCUGAGCUGCGUGGCUUCCUAUAAUUAUAUGGUGGUGUUACCCUGUGCCGCUCGUUCCCAUUACAAUGUGGGCUCGGCCCUGGCCAAGGGUCUGGCAGCAGCUGGUCAUCAGGUGACACUGGUGUCACCCUUUGCGCUCAAGAAACCCAUUAAGAACAUAAAUGAUCUGCCAGUGCCGAGCAUCUUGAAAGCUAUGAGCGGCGAUAUUGGCAACCUGUUAAAAACCUCCGAGGCGUCCAUUAUCCAACAAAUUUUGGGUUUAUAUGAUAUGGGCAUACGGCGAACUGGGGUAUUGCUAAGCGACUCUAGUGUAAUUGAGCUGAUGCAAUCUAAUCAGACAUUCGAUGCUGUCAUCUGUGAGGUGUUCCUCAACGAGGCUCAAUUUGGUCUGGCGGAACAUUUCAAUGCGCCGCUCAUUGGAAUGGGCACCUUUGGUGCCAUCAGCUGGAAUACUGAUCUGGUUGGCACACCAUCGCCGCCUUCAUAUGUGCCGCAUCCGUUGCUCAAGUUCUCGGAUCAUAUGUCGUUGGUGCAGCGCGUCAUCAAUUUGGCCUUCCUCAGCUACGAAUAUCUGUUUAUGGAACUGUACUAUUUGCCGCAGCAGGAGCAACUCUACACAAAGUAUUUCCCCAACAACAAACAGAACUUUUACGAUAUGCGUAAGAAUACGGCUCUGAUGCUGCUCAAUCAGCACGUCUCGCUGAGCUUCCCCCGUCCCUACUCUCCUAACAUGAUCGAAGUGGGUGGCAUGCACAUCAAUCGCAAGCGCCAGCCUCUGCCUCAGGACAUUGAGGAGUUCAUUAAGGGUGCCCAGCAUGGCGUCAUCUACUUCUCCAUGGGCUCUAAUCUGAAGAGUAAGGAUCUGCCACAGCAAAAGCGUCUGGAACUGAUUAAAACGUUUUCAAAGCUCAAGCAGCGCGUUCUGUGGAAAUUCGAGGAACCCAACUUGCCCGGCAAGCCGGAGAAUGUCUUUAUCUCAGACUGGUUUCCACAGGACGAUAUAUUGGCUCAUGAAAAUGUUAUUUUGUUCAUAACACACGGCGGCUUGCUCAGCACCACAGAGUCAAUUUAUCAUGGAAAACCAUUUGUGGGCAUUCCUAUGUUUGGCGACCAGUUCUUGAAUAUGGAGCGCGCCGAGCAGAAUGGCUAUGGCAGGAGUCUUGUCUAUGAGCAACUGUCAGCUGAGCGACUUCUGGCAGCCAUUCAACAGCUCAUAGAGGAUCCAAAAGCCAACGAUCUUGUCAAGGCUAUGUCCGCUCGCUACAAGGAUCAGCCCCAGUUGCCGUUGGAGCGUGCCGUCUACUGGGUGGAGCAUGUGACCAGACACGGUGGUGCGAGAUACUUACGCAGUGCCUCACAGGAUCUGAACUUUGUGCAGUACCACAACCUGGAUGCCAUAUUGAUACUUUAUGGCGGCAUUUUGUUUGUGCUCUACUGUAUCGCAUGGCUCACAGACAAAUUUGUGGAUUACCUCAUCCUGGAUGCCAUAUUGAUACUUUUUGGCGGCAUUAAGUUUGUGCUCUACUGUAUCGCAUUGCUCAUAUGUUGCGCGUGGCGAGCCCUGCAGAAUUUCUUUAUGGGCCGAAAAACGUCGCAGGAUAAAAUGAAGCAACACUGAGUAUAAAUCACGCGUAAGCUUUUGGAUCUGUUUAUAUCCUAUUUUGUAAAUGAUAACUAUAAAUUUUGAGCCACAUUUUAUGCUCUUCCCUUUGCUUUGGCUCAUCAGAAUGGCUAUGAGAGCUAAAGCUGUUUUCGGUGCCGGCUCCAAAUACAAUAAAAUGAAAAAUAUUUUGUGGA